AUGACGAAUAAAAAUGAAUUAGAAAAAUUGUUAUUAAAAGAUGUAUCAUUAUUAUAUUCAACUGCUGACGAUCACAAUGAUAAGAUCAGACCUUUCAAGAAAAUUUUAACAAAAGAAUUGAAAAAUGAUCUAAAGAAUUUCUAUAUAGCAAAUAGAAAUCCAACGCAUUCAAUGAUGCUGCCACCUAGAAUGUUUGGUAUAACCAAUAACGAGUCAAAUAUAAUUGGUUGGAAACAUUUUUGUAGAAUCGCAUCGUGGAUAGAUCGUAGAGAUGAUAGUCAUCGAUAUCAACCAAGUGAGAUGCCUUAUACCUUUAAACUGUUAUUGAGUGGUUUAAGAGAUGGUUUGAAGGAUCCUUCGGAAUUUCAUAAACGAUGUGAUAAUAAAG